AGGGGAGCAGUUCAACGAAGAACUGGGAACCUAAAAAGCAGUGGGAACAGUUGGUUGUGGUGAUGCUGUUAGGUCAUGCGAACAAAAGUCAGCAAAGACAGGAUAUACUUCUCUUAUUAAACAGCAUAAAGAAAGGGUGGUGGCCAUUAUCAAGACACGUGUCAGCUGCUGGUGAGCUAUGAAGAUGAGGAAGCGACCAAACCUUCUGUUAACAGGAACCCCUGGUGUUGGAAAGACCACUUUAGGAAAGGAGCUAGCCCACCGGACAGGCCUGAACUAUGUUAAUAUAGGAGACCUGGCCCAGGAAGGACAACUUUAUGAUGGCUAUGAUGAAGAGUACCAGUGCCCAAUUUUGGAUGAGGACAGGGUGGUGGAUGAGCUGGAUGAAAAGAUGGUAGAAGGUGGUGUGAUUGUUGACUAUCACGGCUGUGACUUGUUUCCUGAACGCUGGUUUCACAUAGUCUUUGUCCUCCGCACAGACAACACUCAGCUGUUCACACGGCUAGAGAACAGGGGUUAUACAGGUAAAAAGCUGCAGGACAACGUGCAGUGUGAGAUCUUCCAGACCAUCUAUGAGGAAGCCAUGGAGGCCUACAGCGAGGAGAUUGUCCACCAGCUGCCCAGCAACACUCCUGAAGAUCUAGAGCGCAACCUGGAGCAGAUAGUGCAGUGGACUGAGCAGUGGAUGAAGGACCAUAACUAGAAGCUGAACUCUGCCUGCUGGGUUCCAGUGGCAGGACUAUCAACAAAUGGUUUGCAGGGAGUUCUGCUGGGCCAACUCACUCUCAAAUGGUUGGACUUCAAAGCAGUUCAAAUAUGUCUUUUAAACACAGUAACAAACACCAGGACGUGGUGAUCAGCUGUCUGAUUACCUGUUGUAUGAAUUUUAAGUAGUGCAAGCCAGUGUCAAAUCAGAACAAUCAUGUACUGCUGCAUUCUUGUCAUAAUUUCCUAUAAGUAAAUGACCACUGGGAAAUUUUGGAAUUAAGUGAAAGAUAAAUGUAAAAAUCCUCAUUUUUACUCUCAAAAUUAAAAAUAAACUAUUUUUAUCAAAUUUUUUGAAUUAAAAUACCUUUUAAGAUUAAUAGAACUCAAGAGGUCUCUUAAGGUAGUUCAGAGUAGAUCCUUGAUGACUGCAGUAUAGAAACAGAGCUGAGCAUGCCCAAAUCUUCUGUCUAAUAAUAUAAUAAUAAAAAUAAGAAAGUAGCUGAAGCAGUAUAAUUUAGAGUAGGUCUAGUCUAUUAUUUGCAUUUGAAGAUUUGAUAGGAUGUUACACCACUUUUUUUUUUGCAUUUAUUGGGUGCAAACAAAUAAAUCUGACAUUGAUUUACAGUCACUGUCUAAACAUCUUAACUGUGUGCAUUUGUCAGUGUGGAACUAAAUUCUCUGAGUUUUCUGACUUACUUUGUCUACAAACAGCAGAAUGUUUUGCAGCAGAAGUUUGUAUUUCAGGCCGUUUUGUUUUAUUUCAUCCUUGCUUAUAUACAUGUAUUUAUAUAUUAGAAAUAUAUUAAAUUGUCAUUAAUUUCCCAUGUUAAUUAUUUCUGGAUAUUCAAAGAUUUCAAACAUAUAAAGUGAACU